AUGCGCAAUGCUCCGCCGGACUCGCGCCGAGUCACAUUGUUGUUAUUCAGCGCUCUCGUCGCUGACAUGCUAGCAUUUACUUGUAUUCUUCCACUUUUCCCAUCAAUUCUCAACUAUUACUCGAAGAGUGAAGAAAAGGAUUGGUUAUUCGAGAGUAUUCAACAAAACCUCGUCAAAUUCGAGCGUUUAAUCGGAGUCCCCGGGAAUGAGCGAUAUCAUAACUCGUUCUUUGGAGGUCUAUUGGGCUCUCUAUUCUCAGCUCUUCAAUUUGUCGCCUCUCCAACUUUGGGUGCUCUUUCCGAUACAUAUGGAAGAAAACCGUUAAUGAUUUUGUCAGCAAUUGGAACUUUUACAUCAUACGUGGUCUGGCUGUAUUCGAAAUCGUUCUCGCUUUUUGUUUUGUCUCGAGUGAUCGGCGGUUUGAGCAAAGCUAAUAUCAAUGUUGCGACGGCGAUCAUCACCGAUGUCUAUCCACCAGAACAAAGACAAAGAGGAAUGGCAAUCGUCGGCAUGUCUUAUUCAGUCGGUUUCCUCGUUGGCCCAAUGAUUGGAGCAUUUUUCUCGAAAAUCGCUCCCGUUAACCAAUUCUACACAACACCUGCCUAUUUCUCGAUUGUGAUGACGAUCAUCUAUUUUCUCAUUGUUUUCUUUGCCUUACCAGAAACUGGAUUAAGAAGCCAGGUUGAGAAAUUCAAAAGCUCAAGUCGUGUCAAACAAUUGGUACAUCCCGGAGAGCUUUUCAAGUUUUCCGCUAUUGAAGCACCAGCAGAAAAGAAAGAACAAAUCCAACAUAUUGGUUGGGUGUAUUUUCUCUAUCUUUUCUUGUACGCUGGACUUGAGUUCACUCUGCCAUUCUUGACUCAUGAACGAUUCGGAUUUGACAGCAUGCAGCAGGGUAAAAUCUAUCUCUUCAGGGGAUUGCUCAUGCUGCCGAUUCAAGGACAUUUCGUACGAAAGACGCCGAUGCACAGACAAAAACUGGUUGCCCAAGUUGGAUUGACAUGCAUUGUGCCAGCAUUUCUUCUUUGUGCCAUCGCUGAAAGUCUUCCAGUACUCUACGCUGGAUUGGCUCUUUAUGCUAUUGCUUCUGCAACUGUUGUGACGAGUCUGACUUGUUUGGUGACAAAUGUUUAUCCGACAAAGGAUCACGGAGCUCUCGCUGGAGUUUUCAGAAGUUUAGGCGCUUUGAGCAGAGCAUUGGGGCCAGUGUUGGCGGCUUCAGUUUUCUGGCUUCUCGGACCCACUUUAUGCUACACGAUUGGCGCUUUCCUUCUCCUCAUUCCACUUUAUUUAGCCAGAAAAAUACCGAACCCACCAAAAGUUGAAAAAGAAAAC